AUGCCUUCCCACUUUGAUACUCUUCAACUUCAUGCUGGUCAGGAAGUUGACCCAACUACUAAGGCUCGUGCUGUGCCAGUCUUCGCAACUACUUCAUAUGUUUUCGACGACUCUAAGAAUGCUGCUGAAUCAUUCGCUUUACAAGCUCCUCACUUUGUAUACUCUAGAAUCGCUAACCCCACCAAUGAUGUUUUUGAGAAGAGAAUUGCUGCCCUCGAGAAUGGUGCUGCUGCUGUAGCCACCUCUUCAGGCCAAGCUGCUCAAUUCAUCGCUCUUUCCGCUUUGGCACAUGCUGGUUCUAAUAUCGUCUCUACCAGUUAUUUGUAUGGCGGUACCUAUAAUCUUUUGAAGGUUUCAUUCAAGAGAAUUGGUGUCAAUGUCAAGUUUGUUGACGGUGAUGAUCCAGCUGAUUUCGAGAAGGCCAUUGAUGAGAAGACUCGUGCCAUUUACAUUGAAAGUAUUGGUAACCCCAAGUACAACAUCCCUGAUUUCGAGGCUCUUGCCGCUGUUGCUCAUAAGCACGGAAUUCCUCUUGUCGUUGACAACACCUUCGGUGCUGGUGGUUAUCUCGUUAAGCCUCUUGACCAUGGUGCUGAUAUUGUUGUCCAUUCGGCUACUAAGUGGAUUGGUGGUCAUGGUACGACUAUUGGUGGUGUUGUUGUCGAUGGUGGCAAGUUCCCUUGGGACAAGCAUGCUGAUAAGUUCCCUCACCUUACUGAGCCUUCUGAAGCUUACCACGGACUCAAGUUCACUGAGACCUUCGGCAGCAUUGCCUAUGCUGUCCACCUGCGUACUGAGGUUUUGAGAGAUUUCGGUCCUUCAUUGAAUCCCUUCGGUGCUUUCUUGCUGCUUCAAGGUCUCGAGACUUUGUCUCUCCGUGUUGACAGACACGUCUCCAAUGCUUUGAAGCUUGCUCAGCACUUGGAGAAGCACCCUAAUGUCUCGUGGGUUUCAUACGCUGGUCUUGAAUCCCACCCCUAUCACAAAGCUGCUCAAAAAUACCUCAAGAACGGUUACGGCGCUGUUCUGUCCUUUGGUGUCAAGCCAGUUGAUGGCAAAGAUCAAUCUGCUAAUGUUGUUGAUAAGCUCAAGCUUGCUUCAAACCUUGCUAACGUCGGUGACUCUAAAACUCUUGUCAUUGCUCCUUACUACACUACCCACUCUCAACUGACUGAAGAAGAGAAGAAGGCCAGUGGUGUCAGUGCUGAUUUGAUCCGUGUGUCGGUUGGUACCGAGUUUAUUGACGAUAUCAUUGCUGACUUUGAAGAUGCUUUCAAGGACAUCUACAAGGCCUAA